CCAACUCCGAGUGCCAGCGCCGUAAAAGCAUUGGCGAGAGCAAGAACCUCAUGCCCAGUCAAUGAUCACUUGAAAUAAUGAUAAAAACUCCAACUUCAUUAAAUACUGAUUAUGUUCUGAAGGGACCGAGUACGUUCAAGUCAUCGUUUGGUUUAAAGUAUUGUGGCGUCUCAUCACACACAUAAGACCGUCAGUUAGUCCAUAUUUGAUCUGUGUCGCAAGGGAGAGAAAAAAAAAGAGAAUCGGGGUUUCAUCAAAACAGAAAAGAAGAGUUGGCGACUCAUCAAAACAGAAAAGAAGAGUUGGGGAUUCAUCAAAGGUUCAGAAUGUGUCAAAGAAAAACAGGAAAGUCCGGAUACUUUAAUUUCGAGGCAUUUCUCGCGUUUCUGAUUUAUUGAGCUCUAGAAUAUUCUUUCAGCUGUGUCCUCUAUCGGUUUACUCCAGUUCCUUGGUACAGCAUCACGGGUCGGCCAUAUCAUGGAUACACCGGCGAAGGAAACGAUGGAACUUAACGACUUCAAGCCGCUGGCGUCUUCACACCAGACUGGGGAUUUGAACAGCGCACCCCGGACACUGGAGGCGAAGAUACACGACCCGGUGGAACGCGAGUUCUGGACAGGCAAGGUGGAGUUCGUUCUCGCCUGUGUUGGACAGUGUAUUGGGUUAGGCAAUGUCUGGAGGUUUCCCUAUCUGUGCUACAGAAAUGGAGGAGGUGCCUUCCUCAUCCCGUUCUUCCUGACCGCCGCCGUCGCAGGGGUCCCCAUGUACUUCAUGGAACUGGCCCUUGGACAGUACUUCAGUGUUGGAGGUCUCGGGGUUUGGAAGAUCGCUCCUAUAUUUAAAGGUAUCGGGUAUGCCGCCGUCGUGAUGGCCGCGUGGCUCAACACCUACUACAUCGUGAUCCUGUCGUGGGCGCUGUUCUACCUGUGCUGUUCGUUCGCCGCACGCCUGCCCUGGUCAUCGUGCGAAAACUGGUGGAACACGGAAACCUGCCUGUCAGAGUACGAACGCGACAAGCUGCCAUUCAACUGCACCAACGCCACGGACUGGUUCGAGGUGAACACGACGUCGUCGUUGAACAAGUCGACGGUGUUGACGCAGUACUCAGACUUCAACUGCACGCAGACGUACGACGGGAACCGCUUCUCGUCCCCCAUCAGGGAGUUCUGGGAGCGAUACGCUCUACAGAUCAGCGACGGUAUCGACAACCCCGGCAACGUCCGCUGGCAGCUGGCCUUGACCUUGCUCACUGUCUGGAUCCUCUGCUACUUCUGCAUCUGGAAAGGCGUCAAAUGGACAGGCAAGGUUGUGUAUGUGACGGCUCUGUUUCCAUACAUGCUUCUCUUCGCUCUGCUCAUCCGGGGCCUCACUCUGCCGGGAGCCAUAGAAGGAAUUAAAUUCUACAUUGUUCCAGAUAUGUCCAAACUCACUGAAUCAAACGUGUGGAUCGACGCUGCCUCACAGAUCCUCUUCUCGUACGGGUUAGGUCUCGGAACCAUGAUCGCGCUGGGCAGCUAUAACAAGUUCCACAACAACGUCUACAAAGACGCCGUCUUGAUAUCGUGUCUCAACAGCUCGACAAGCGUCUUCGCCGGAUUCGUCAUCUUCUCCGUCGUCGGCUUCAUGGCCAAAGAACAACAGAAACCCGUGUCCAAGGUCGUCGCAUCAGGUCCGGGACUGACGUUCCUCGCGUACCCGUCAGCCCUGGUCCAGCUGCCCAUCUCGCCCCUGUGGUCGAUCCUGUUCUUCCUGAUGAUGCUGAUGCUGGGGAUGGACAGCCAGUUCUGCACGAUGGAGGGUUUCUUCACGGCGCUCAUUGACGAGUACCCACACACCCUGCGAAAACACCGGGAACUCUUCAUAGGAGGCGUGUGCUUUCUGUCCUAUCUCAUCGGACUGUCCAUGGUUACAGAGGGUGGGAUGUACGUCUUCCAAAUAUUCGACACAUAUUCUGCCAGCGGGUUUGCUCUGUUGCUUCUCACAUUCUUCGAGUGCAUAGCGGUUGCGUGGGUUUAUGGUGUGAAUCGUUUCUAUGAAAACUUGAAUGAGAUGUUUGGAUUCUACCCAAGUUUCUACUGGAAAAUAUGCUGGUGUGUUACCACUCCCGCCAUCACACUGGGAAUAGUGAUAUUCAGUCUGACGACGUUUACCCCAGUGACGUAUAUCAACUACAAGUUCCCGACGUGGGCUCACGUGGUGGGCAUCUUCCAGAUCAUGUCAUCGCUGGGCAUCAUCCCCGCCUACAUGGUGUACAAGAUCAUUGUCACGAAAGGCUCUCUACGACAGAGGAUGAAGGAAUUGUUCCGACCGAAUGUCGACUUUCGGCGAGAGGAUGCAAACCAGCCCCCUCCAUAUUCCACCAUCCCGAGAAUAACGACAGACGGAAUAGCGAGGUUGUAGUCAACGACGUCAGCAGCUGGGUCGACAUCUACGUCGUAGCUCUGAAGCAGCUGUCACCAGGGAUUGGAACCUGAUCAGGACGUAACUAAUUUGUACAACAUCUCUAACACAUCAGAUGGUUACAUCGAGUCAAUUGUAGUCAGGAAAUAUCUGCGUUUAAUGGAGUUAUAAGAGUUUCGUAUACAAGAGUCAACAAAACAAACACUUGUAUGAGACCCCUACUUUUUGAAAGCUUUUGGUCCAUACACUGUUUGAUACAAAAACAUGUCUUGACCGUGGAUGUCCAGACUUUAUAAAACAUCAUUGGAGCACAGACGCGUCCCUUUAAUUUGUAGUUGUCAAGAACCGCCAUCAACGUUUAUGUAUUUUGAUGAAUUAACAUGUACUGUUUUUGCGUUGUUUAUGUGUAGAUAAAACAAAAGUACCUCCGAGUUUUAGAUGCAACGUAUAAUACACGUUUGCCAUUUUAAAGUCACUGACCCUAGUUGCCGAUGUCUAAAGUGUGUUUAGAGCCAAUACGAACGACAGGAUGACCAAAAUGAGUUGCAUUUGAUUUAAACAAAAAUAAAUUAAUAAAAAAGGAAAACAAAAACGUUUUUAAAAAGAAGGCUAAUUUAAGCAGCUGUAAUAGCCAACAAUAUUUGACACUGUCUGCUUGCUAGGGUCAGUUUCUUUAAUCUAUAUAUGUUGUUUAAUAAAAUUUACUCAAUAGGAAUUGUAAACAACUAUUUAUUCAUGAUUAUAUCAAAAUUGUUAUUAAAUUAUGUAUUUAGUGUAUUAUAUAAUGUCAUUUUAAUCGACAGUUUUAUAUAUGUUCCAUUUGUUAAUAAUGAUAAUAUGUAGAUAUUUUCACAUAUUCAUACUAAAGAAAGCUUUGAAAUUGUUUUUCUUCCAAUGUUACGUAGAGAUGUAUUUGGGUGUACGUAGUGUUUAUAUGAUUUCGUGUGUGUAUACUUGUGUAAGCUGAGGUAGAAGAAAACCAGUUAUUGUUGUCGAUCACAUGACUAUGCAUUUGUAGCUAAAUGCAAAAAUUGUAUGUUUGUAGUGAAAAGCACGCAGUUUGGUUUGAGUUUUGUCCACAUACCUAUUUCACAUUAGAGUAUAGUUUUGGGACGUGUUACCGUAAAAGUGAACAAUUUUCAUUCACAGACACAAUCCUCCUGUAAUUAUAAUUAAUUAGCCAAUUCUCAACAGGAUACGUUAUCGGAAUUAAACUAUUUAGGAGCAUGAACAAUUUUGCAAAUGUUUCAUUGUGUUAUAAAAUUAAAAUGUAUCGUAACGUUUCUAACAAAAAUAUACAACUUUCUUUGCUUCUAUCAUUAAAUUAAAACUCUAAGAACACUAAUACCAUACCUGUCCAAAUUCAUAUAUAUGUCUUUCUUUUAAUAUGCCUGAACAUAAUUUUGUCAUAGUUGUAUCCAUCGGAGACUACAGACAGUUUCAAAACCAUGUCUUUUGUGAGUAACACUACUGGUAGUACUUAAAACAUGGAAUUCUUCAACGCCUAGCUACAAUAAUUAGACCACAAAUCAUGUGCCAUGUGUACUACGGCAAGUACUAACCCUUAUCGGGGAUCUUUGCUGAAUUUUAAAAUGUUUAAUUGAUUGUAGGAUAUUUCAGGGAUUUAGGAAGCAUAGUCUGCCAAAUAUUCUUGUUUUGAAGUAAACUACCACCUCAUUUUGGAGUAUUUACAUACGUCGUUGAUUUUACGUGAAACGUAGUUAGUACAUAUGCAUGUUUUAAAAUUAACGACAGUGUACAUUAAAACUGCAACUAACUAAAGGUGAAACGGUGGUACCUAGCCUGACAUAUCGGACUGAAAAAAUAUUUGGUAUUACAGAAUAUUGAAAUAUUCUACAAUGGCACAAAAAAAAGACAGAGCACUUGUUAAUUUUAUUUUUAUUUUAUUUUAUUUUUUUUUGGGGGGGAGGGGGGUACUGCCCCUACCUCACUAGUCACGGUGUUGUAAAAUAGUUGGCAUCUGCCAAUACAAGUCUGCAGGAAGAGUGACAAGGUGGUACAAGAAAACAUAGUAGAAAAGGAGUAACAUUUCCAAACAAUGUACGAGGGUUGAUCAAAACGUUUUAAGCCUAACCUGCUAACAGAAACGACAGUAAAAUAUAACUAAUUUUAUUUUUAAACAUGGUCACCACGAACAAGCUAUACUUUAGUUAAAACGUUCAUGAAGCUUUUCUAAGCCACUCGAGUAAAAGGUUUUAUCUUGCUCGUUUAACCACUCUUUGUAGCUGACUGAGCUGAUCGCCAUCCUCGUAACGCUUACCAAGGAGGUGACCCUUCAAACUGGGAGAUAGGUCGAAGUCAAAAGGGGCCAGGUCUGGGGAAUGAGUGGGUAAAACAACUGGAAUACACAGUCUCGCAGAGCCACAUUUGUAACCCUUGCCGAGCGAUAUGCUCACCUUUCGCGAACACCUGAUAUCAUCACUGCUACGACAGUGAUUCAUGAGUGUAUGUCAUCACAGCUGUACGUAUUCUGAUGAGCUCUGUCCGGUCCUAGUUUUGAUUUAGUAAAUUAUUCUGUGAGUGGCAGGCCUCCUUUUGGCGGUUGAAGAGGGAUGAAACCGUCAUUAAAGAAUCUCUUCAGAAGUAGCUGUUCUCAUAUAGACGAGGCAUUUAAUAGAGAUUCACGGAAUCAAGCACUAUUUUGCUAAAUAUCCAUUCGACUCCGCACUGUGCAAAGAUACGUCCCUAGCCAUAUAUUACGGUUUUGUCGUUCAAAUGAGUUAAUAUUGAACUGUAAUGUGAACAUCCCGAGGUAUAUAAUCGGUAUAGAUUAGUCCCUCAGCAUAGCAGAAAAUGGUGCACAUGAUCUUGGUCCUUGAAUUUCAUUGGUGUUGGAGAAUUCAGAUCUUUCCAUCGAACGAAGGCAAAGGGUCAUAGUGAUAAAUCCAUAUUUCAUCCCUGAUUACUAAACGCUGCUUAGUAUUUUCCCAGGUCAGAUUGAACAGCUUGCGAUUCUCCUCUGAACAAUCUGGUUUGGCUUCAUUUUGGGACCAAACGAGCACAGACUUAACACGUAGCCAAAUGUUCAUAGAUAAUGAAUUCCGAUGAUCCAUAACUGAUCCUCAGAAUGCCUAGUAUCUGUCGCUCCAUCACUCUUCAACCCUUCAUCACAAUUCGCUCUAUGGCAUCUACAUUUUCCUGGCUUACCAAUGUGGAAGGUCUGUCAGCCCUGGGGUCGUCGUCAACAGAGUUCAAAUAUGAAGGAGACUCUCCGAAGGCGUUAUUUUUUCCUCUCAUGUUAACAAUGCAAUAACGACACGGUGCUUGAUUUUGAUGUUUUUAGUUUUCGUGUCCACUAGGACGUGAAACAGUUAACAUACAAUUGAUCAGAAAAGAAACGAACCUAAAUUUUACAUAUUUCCAGACAUUUAGAUCAGACUUCAUGUCCUUAAAACAAAUGAUAGAUGUAGGAUUGACCCUUCAGGGUUAGGCUUUGAACUUGCUGAUUACGUCUCGUAAUACCUGCUUGUGUUCCACUUUUGUUCAUGGUCUUUGAUAAAUAUAUAAUUACAAACCAGACGGUUGAUUUUUUUCUAGUUUACUGUCAAUAUUAUUUAAUAAAACUUCAAUGUAG